UCAGCCCUCAUCAGAUUCUUGCCCCCUCAGCUCGCGCCGGCGGUCUUGCGAUCGUACACCCUUCUGCGGCUUAGGAUGCAGCAGCAGUGGCGGCGCGGCAGGGUUGGCGGUCGGCUUCGACCGGCCCAGGCGAGGCGAGUCGGGAGGCGUGGUCCAGGCCGGAAGCAAGAGGAACUCAGCGGGGACACUGCUGACGGACGGCUCUCCUGAAGGAACGAACACACAGGCCAUCCACACAUACCAUAGCCAGCCAGUGUGUGCAUUUCUCCUUCCUGGCGUGGAGUACCUCUUGCUCGUGCAACAAUCGGAUCUGCUCAUUGAGUCUGGCGAUCUCGGCCUGAGCUUCCUCCAGACCCUGAACGACAGGCAACAGACGCAACACAGACAUGGAGACAUACCCAGACAGACACAUAGAUGGCCGCGUUGUGCUGCGGUGCGUGUGGCGUGUGGCGUGAGGGAGCUUACCCGUUCCUGCUGCUUGCUCUCUUCGUACAAUGUCGUGCACCUGGUAGUUGAGCUCCUCGAGGUGUUGCUGAAGGGCAAACAAGUCUCGGUUGGCCUCGCGCGCCUCUCCCUCAGCCUCGCUGGCUUGGCGGCGGUAGUUGUCCUUGUCCCUCUCCAGGCCAGCUAUCUUGGCAUUUAUCAAACUUCUCAUGCGCUCAUAUCCCUCGGUAUAGAAGUACUGCACACAGAGACCGAGACAAAUGCGGUGAGUGAGUGAACGGAUAAAUGAGCUGCUCGCCUUGCCCUGCCCUGCCAUCCUCACUGACCCGCUCACGAGAGAUGCGCUCGUACCCCUCUGGCAUGGGCGGCGGCAUAUCAGGCACGGGCGGCAAGAGGCCGCUCGAGAAGAGGAGGCCGCGAACGUACACCUCACCGAUACCCUUGCCGCCCGCGCCGGCACCUGCAGCCGCAGCAGCAGGCAGCGCAGCAUUAAGCGGUCGUCGCACACACGCCGACUGGAACUCGCCCCACUCAAUCUCGUCCUCGUCCGCAGUCGGCGAGGGUGGCUGGCUGCCUGGCUCACCAUCGACAUCCUGCAGGCAACGAACCCACACAAACACACACGCACAGCCCAUCCUACCAUGAUUGAGUGACGAACGUGUGUGUGCGUGUGGUAUGGGGUGACUUACCGCAGGCGUAUCGCUGUCGUUGCUAUCGCUCUCGUCGUCCCUGGGCCGCUGCUGGAUGGCGGCCACGAGCAGGUCUUGCAGCUCCUCGUUGUUCUUGGAGAGGCGAAGUUUUCCUGCAACAGCUCUGCGCGGCUCUCCAGAAGCUCCUCGUUGCGGGCGAUGGUACUGUUCAGCAGCUGCAGACAAAAUGAGAAGAUCGAUCACCAGACGAAGUGAGCGGCCCGCCCCUCGUGUGUGUGCUGUUUGUUUGCCUUACCUCUCGCAGAGUGGUCUGCCUCUAAUCGGCCGCCUCCAAGCCGUCUUGAGAGGCACGAAGUCGCUGGUGCAGUGCCCUCGCGGCGGUCACCUCCUCCUUGAGGCAGCUCUCCAGGCUGUCGACCUGGAGCUGCUGGCCCUGGGCGGCGGCCUCUCUCUCGGCGACUUGGCGGCGCAGGGUGGUGAUGUGCUCGGUCUUGAUGGCCACGAUGGCCCGCUGGUCCGCUAGGGCCUCUCCACCCCUCGCUGUACCACCGGGGGCGGCUGGUUUCCACCGUGACGUCAUCGAGUUCCUCAAAUGCGCUGCGCAGUGUGCUGCUGCCGCCGGUCACUGGGGUGAGCCGACCCCGAAAGGUGCGCAUGGCCCUUCGGCGAGCUGCUCCCCUGAUGAAGUCGAGCAGGGCGGCGUCUGCAGGCCAGAGCCACAAGCGCUCCACGCGAUGGCGAUCUUCUCCGGAUGGCGUUUUGCGAGGAGCGAUUGUGAACUUUGAGCCAAAGC